AUUUACUACAGAUGGGAUUUUUAUUUAAUAAAAAAGGGAAAUAUAAAAUAGAAAAGCGUUUUCUUUUUUUCUUUCUUUCUACAGUCUACUCUCCUGUUUGGUCUCUCUCUCUCUCUCUUUUUUUUUUACUCUUAUCUCUGUGCAAGCAACUUCGUCUCUCUCGAUAAUGGCGUUCCGAUAUCUUCUCGCUGUCUCCGUCUUCGGAGUUUUUGUUUGAAUUCUUCAAAGGACAGUCGGAUCUUUGUUUUACACUAUCUUCAUAAUCUUUGUUGGAUUUCAUCAGACUUGUCAUUUAUUAAUCCAUCGCGUUUCUCAGUGUUUCUAGUUCGCCAAUUUCGGUUUUUAUAUUGGCUAUUAACAAUUCGUCGACAUAACUUUGUGUGUUUUCGAGUGUGUGAGAUUUUUAGGGUUCGUUCUUCAAAGGCUUCAGGGUCGCGGGAAGGUGAGAUUCGAUUGGAUCUUUUUUGUUGUUGUUUAGUUUGUUCCUCUCCUCAUUGUAUAUAUAUAUAUAUAUAUAUAUAUAUAUCUAAACUUUUCUGCUUUUUUGAUUUUAUUACAAUAUUAUUUUUCAAAGUUUCUGUUCAUGUGGGUUUUUUUUGUUCUUUGUUCUUCUUCUGUUUUUAUUUUUUUAAGAAUUAUAUUACUCUCUCUUUUAUUCAUCAAUCUCCGGCAAUUUCCCUCAAUCUGGAGUUGAUGAACUCACUCAAACUCUGUUCCACGUUCUUUACAAUCAAUGAUUUCAAAUUCUGAAAAUCAAAGCUUGUUUUGUUGUUUCAUAAAUGGCAAAAAGAUUCUGGAAUUAGGUUUCACACAUACUGCAGUUUAUGUUUGCUUGAAAAUUUUGAUACAAAUUGACCAAUAUGUUGAACUCUAUGGACUGCAUUGUUGUUUUUGGUGCUAAAGAGAACACUUCUGAUUGAAGGAUGUUUUCACUUUACAUUCAGCAGUAAUGAAGAACGGACAGUGCGCACAGGAGCUACAAUCUUCCACUCAAGCUUCACAUGACUCUCAAGGUGACCAGAAAACCAACCUAUCAAUAGAUGCUCCUAUACAAGAUUCUGGUUCUGUAUCUGCUUCAAGCAAUGACAGUAGGAAAGUUUCACGACAAGAUAUUGAACUUGUUCAAAAUUUGAUAGAAAGAUGUCUUCAGUUGUACAUGAACAGAGAUGAGGUCGUGAAGACUCUCUUGACUCGUGCAAGGAUAGACCCUGGAUUUACAACCUUGGUUUGGCAGAAAUUGGAAGAAGAAAACGCAGACUUUUUCAGGGCAUAUUAUAUAAGGCUGAAACUGAAGAAGCAAAUAAUUUUGUUCAAUCAUUUGCUUGAGCACCAGUACCAUCUCAUGAAGUAUCCUCCUGGACCUCCAAAAGUUCCUCUGGCACCGAUACAAAACGGAAUGCAUCCCAUGGCACCUGUUAACAUGCCGAUGGGAUACCCAGUACUACAACAUCCUCAAAUGCAUGUUCCAGGCCAUCCCCAUCAUCUUGAUGCAAUGGGAGUAUCGAGCUGCCAUGUUGUUAAUGGAGUCCCUGCCCCUGCUAAUUUCCAUCCUUUGAGAAUGAAUACAGCGAAUGAUAUGGUGAUCGAUACAACUGCGAACGAUGCAACUCCUCAAGUGAUUCCACCAAACAGUGGUGCGAUGCCUGAGAUGGUAGCGAGUCCAGCUUCUGUGGCGUCAAGUGGACACUUUCCAUUUGCUGCUUCAGACAUGUCGGGUAUGGUAAUGGACACUUCAGUACUUGAUUCGGCAUUCACAUCUGACGUUGGACCGGAUGGAGAAGGAGCCGGGAAUUCCAGAGAUUCCCUCAGGUCAUUUGAUCAGAUCCCUUGGAACUUUAGCCUUUCUGAUCUCACCGCAGAUUUGUCAAAUCUGGGAGAUUUAGGAGCCUUAGGAAACUAUCCAGGCUCUCCAUUUCUUCCAUCUGAUUCAGAGAUUUUCCUGGAUUCUCCUGAACAAGAGGACAUAGAGGAGUUUUUCGUGGAUUCGGUGCCUGGACCUCGUUCUAAUUCAGAUGAAGAGAAGCCUUGAAUUGAAAGGUAGAGACGGCCAUAAUCAUCUACAGUCACCAAGCAUUAUUAAAAUAACAAGUAUUGAUAUAUAAAUCAGAGUAUUAUGAAUAAAAUGAAGCUGCAGUUGUAGUCUCCUUGUAUCUCUAUUACAAUUCUCUUAAAUGAAGCAAGAAAUAGGCGUAGACUAGUUUCCUUUUCUUUUAUUUGUUUCAAUCCUAUGCUUUGGUCAUAUGUUAUGUUGUAGUUAUCUCUAAAUGGAUAUUUUCUUUAAAAACUUUUUUAGAAAUAUGUCUUACAAAACACUGUAAAUGUCGUUGAACUCUUUAGCAGCAUUCUGCAUCAAACCGGAUAUGAGACAUAAUACGCUUGAGUGUACUUAUAAGAAAUUUGUCUAAAUGAGGUGA